UAAAAACCUCGUCUUUCUCUCUGCUUCUCUUCGAUCACUGUUCCCAUCUCGAUGGCUCGUGGCGAGGAGGAGGAGGAGGAGUGGGUCUGGGUCCGGCGGCCGUCGACGGCGGAGGCUGAAUGGUGGGGCGGUGGCUCCGAUCCCGACCCAUCUCGGCCAUUGAAGGUCGUGUUCACUGGCCCAGCCAAGCACUGGACCGACGCUGCGCCCAUUGGCAAUGGCAGUCUCGGCGCUAUGGUCUUCGGCGGUGUCGCUUCCGAGACCCUCAUGCUCAAUCAUGAUACUCUCUGGACUGGCGUUCCUGGGUAUUAUACGAACCCUAAAGCGCCUGAUGUGCUUGCUGAAGUUCGGAAGCUUGUGGAUGAUGGCCAUUACUCGGAGGCGUCGAAGGUUGCUUUCGAUUUGGCUGGACAUCCAUCGGAUGUGUACCAACCUCUGGGCAAUAUCAAUUUAGAAUUUGGUGAUUCUCAUCUUGAAUAUGCUGCAUAUGAAAGAGAACUUGAUCUGCGAACUGCUACAGCAAAGGUGAAAUAUACUGUUGGGGAUGUUGAGUUCACUAGAGAGCAUUUUGCCUCUAAUCCACAGCAAGUGCUUGUGAUCAAGAUUUCUGCUAGUAAAACAGGGUCUCUCUCAUUUGUAGUGUCCUUGGACAGUAAAUUACAGUAUAACUCGAGUGUGGAUGGUGUCCGCAGAAUAGUCUUGGAAGGUAGUUGCCCUUCGAGUAGAAUAGCCCCGAGAGAGAAUUUGAGCAAUAGUCCUACAGGGAUUCAGUUUGCUGCAGUUCUUGAUUUGCAAGUAGGUGAUGCUGGUGUUGUGCAAGUUGUUGGUGGCAAAAAGUUGAAAGUGGAAGGCGCGGACUGGGCUGUUUUGCUUCUAGCUGCCGCCUCAUCAUUUGAAGGGCCAUUUAAGAAGCCGUCAGAUUCUAAGAAGAACCCGAAAGAGAUUUCUUUGAACACAUUGAGUUCGAUAAAGAAGAUGUCUUUCUCUCAGCUCUUUGCUUAUCAUCUGGACGAUUAUGAAAGUCUCUUUAACCGUGUCUCCCUGCAACUGUCCAAGGGAUCCAGUAAGACAAGUGAGGAGAAUUAUUUUGGUAGACACAAAGCAGAGAGGCCCCAAGCAGUUAAGACAAAUUCUUUUUCCCUCUUAACAAAGGAUUCACUGGUAUCUACUGCAGAAAGAGUGAAGUCUUUUAAAAUUAACGAGGAUCCUUCCUUGGUAGAACUACUAUUUCAUUAUGGCCGUUAUUUGCUUAUCUCUUCUUCAAGGCCCGGGACUCAAAUUUCUAACUUACAAGGAAUAUGGAACAAGGAUAUUGAACCAGCAUGGGAUGCAGCUCCCCACUUGAAUAUCAAUCUGCAGAUGAACUAUUGGCCAUCUCUCACUUGCAAUCUUAGCGAAUGUCAAGAGCCUUUAUUUGAUUUCAUUGGAUCUCUUGCGGUCAAUGGAAGUAAGACAGCAAAAGUAAAUUAUGAAGCAAAUGGUUGGGUAGCUCACCAAGUGACAGAUAUAUGGGCAAAAACUUCACCUGAUCGCGGUGACCCACUUUGGGCUUUAUGGCCAAUGGGUGGGGCGUGGCUUUGUGUUCAUUUAUGGGAUCAUUAUACUUUCUCAAUGGAUAAAUCCUUUCUAGAGAAUACUGCACAUCCGCUGUUGGAAGGAUGCGCGUCUUUUCUUCUGGACUGGUUAAUUAAAGGCCAAGGGGAUCUUUUGGAAACCAAUCCAUCAACAUCUCCAGAACAUUAUUUCAUUGGUCCUGAUGGUAAGAAGGCGAGCGUCAGCUACUCAACAACAAUGGAUAUUGCAAUCAUAAAGGAAGUGUUUUUGAUAGUUUUAUCUUCUGCUGAGGUAUUGGGAAGAACCAACAGUGACUUAAUUGAGCGAAUAAAGAAGACAUUACCAAGGCUUCCUCCAACAAAGAUUGCCAGAGAUGGUUCCAUCAUGGAGUGGGCACGAGACUUUGAGGAUCCAGAAGUGCAUCAUCGGCAUGUUUCACAUUUAUUUGGCUUGUUCCCCGGCCACACAAUAACACUAGAAAAAAAUCCUGAUUUAUGCAAAGCUAUUGACAACAGCCUUUACAAGAGAGGUGAUCUUGGUCCUGGAUGGUCAACUACAUGGAAGACUGCUUUGUGGGCACAUCUUCACAACAGCGAACACGCAUAUAGGUUGGUCAAGCAGCUAUUCGAUUUGGUAGACCCUGAUCACGAAAGUGAUUACGAAGGAGGACUAUAUAGUAACUUAUUUACAGCACAUCCACCAUUCCAGAUCGAUGCCAAUUUCGGUUUUACAGCUGCAAUCGCCGAGAUGCUUGUUCAGAGCACCAUGCAGGAUUUAUACCUGCUUCCUGCACUCCCUCAGGACAAAUGGCGUGAAGGAUGUGUCCGGGGGCUGAAGGGCCGCGGCGGUGUGACCGUAAGCAUCUGCUGGAAAGAAGGGACACUCCACGAAGCUCGUAUUUUUUCGGAGAAUCAUAAUUCAUUCAUCAAUUUGCAUUACAAUGGAGUUACUACUGCUGUUAAGUUAUCUCAUGGUUACAUCUAUACAUUCAACAGGUUCCUAAAAUGCUUGAGGAUGCGUCCUCAAUCAGAAGUAACUACUUUUCCAUGAUAAUUUGAGUGAAUCAUUGUUUUGCAUUGUUCGGAGGAGCUUUGUUUAUUCAGCUCAUUAAAUUGUAAUGCAUUAUUAUCCUUGUAUUAUUAUUACUGUUUUGGAUUCAAUUUGUCAAUCCUCAUGCUUGGGGAGGUUUGUUUA